CGGACCUUUGGUUUCCCCCAGCAGAGAGUAGGUGUGAAGAGCGAAGUGGCGGCGGCUGGGAAAUUUCAUCCCGGCUGAGAGUGUUUUCUUAAUUAGACCUCGACAUGAUAGGUGCGAGCCUCCUAACCUUCCAGGGUUAGAAUUUGAAUAUGAGAAAAACAGCCGACGUUUCAGCCAUUUUCCAUUGUUCAUGUCCAUUUUUUUUUAUUUUUUUUUUAUCAUGCUUUGUAUCAGGUUAGUAUAUUGUGCAACAGGGCGGAUAUAAAAAGGCCACGGAUGUCAUGAGAAAACAGAAUGCCUGAUGUUCUUUGUCUGGAGUUAUCAAAAAAGGCCAGAGUCACACACAUUUCUUCUCAUUUUCAAGCUCAUUUCCUGCAGCAGGAGCUGUGGAUACAACAGCAACAUAUCAGGGGUGUUGUAACAGUGCCCCCUAGUGGACACGGUGAGGGAAAAAAGUGGGUGAGCAUUUGUAUCCGUGUCAGCUCACCUUGAAGCAGCCACACUGGUUGACAGUUAUUUAAUAAAGCCGCAGCUCUCUCUGUGUCACAUAUGCCUCAUUUUGAGAUGGGGGGGGGACAUCUUUUUAAAUGUAAAUGUGGCUUCGGCAGGUCAAAACAGACAUCAUGGUGCGAGUCAAAACACAAAAUGUUUGUCACAUCUCAGCCUUCACUUGGAUAAUGGCAGCUUUUACAGGAGGCCUAAAUGUUUUGAAAGGAUUAUUCAGCUUCACGUCACACUGCAACAAAACAAUACCAAAUGCCAAUCUCAGCACAGUACCCGUCAGUUUACUGCGCACCUGACCGUAAUUAUGCAAAUUUGAAAGUAAUUAGCCAAGAAACCUGGAAGGCCUAAUGAGUUGUUGCAGAAAGAGUACAGGCUAAUUUUGGAUAAUGAGGCUCACACUGAGCGCUCGGGUUUACACAACACAGAAAGAAAAUGUCUGGGGUUUUUUUUGUUUUUUGCCAUGUACAGUAACAUCCACCCACAGACUCCAUCUCCAUACAAAUACCUUACAAAUUAGACGCAGUAUGUUUGCCAGCGAGUGCAGCUGGGAGUCUGACAAACACUGAAUUUAUAGGCUUUUCUUAGCUACCUGCCACAAACAUGCCUCGCCGCUGCUAUUUUGGCCGCCAGUCACCUGUUGACCUGACAGGCAAGUGUCAGGGGGCAGAGCCACAUGUCAGCUGCAGGUGGAAACUCUCCGCAGGGAGCAGUUCUGUGGCGUCUGUCGGCACAGUUGGAGCCCAGGAUAACACAGCAACUGAGGGACUGCAGCUAAGCAGUUAAGUUCGGCUUCAGUCUGGAGGUGUCUAACCCUCUAAAGAUGUACGGCCUGUACCUAGAAGCAGUGAACGAUUACAUCAACGAAUCCUACGGAGAGGAUGUGUGGAGGCUGAUCGAGAACCGAGCGGAGAUACCCCACCUCAAGUUUGUCAGACAUCAGAUGUACAAUGACAAUCUGAUCUUGAGGUUGGCGAAGGCAGCAGGCGAGGUUCUGGGAAAGACCCACGAUGAGCUGAUGUACGCCUUCGGGGUUUACAUGGUGAAGAGGAUUGGAAACUAUGGAUACGAGAGGAUCCUUAAGGUGUUGGGGCGAAAUGUGCGCGACUUCAUCAACGAGCUGGACAACCUGCACGAGUACUUCCGCUUCUCCUUCCCCAAGGUGCAGCCGCCGAGCUUCUGCGUGGAGGAGGAGUGCGAGACGAGCCUCACGCUGCACUACCGCAGCACCCGCAAGGGCUUCACUCAGUUCGUCAAAGGGCAGCUCUCUCAAGUGGGACGGCAGUUCUACAACACAGAUAUUGAAGUGGAAAUCCUGUCCAAAGAGGAGACUGAAAAAAUGACAUACGUGGUUUACAAGAUGAACUUCGACAACGCCGCCUUCAAACACCGCAUGCCCCAGCAAAAGACGGCGCCGAGCUACGAGAAGUUGCCGAUGAAGCGCGGCAUCUUUUUCGACAUGUUCCCCUUCAGCGUCAUCUUCCGCCGGGACAUGACCAUGUACCGCAUCGGCGACGGCCUCAAGGAGGUCUUCUCCGACCUCCAGGGCAAGAAGGUCAACGAGGAGUUCACCCUGGUCCGACCCAUGCUGGAGUUCAGCUGGGAUAAUAUCUACACCCAUUUGAACAAUGUGUUUGAGCUGCUGUCGAAAGCGGUGGUGGAGAGCAAGCAGAAGGUCAACAUCCCCAAACUGAGCAAAGAGGAGCCGGAGGAGAAGGAAGAGAGCGAGAAAGCAAAGAGGGAAGAAGAAAGAGAGCAAAAGGUGGUGGAGGAGAUGAAGGGCACGGACCAGGAGUACAGCAGCGCUCUCACCCAAUACAACAGCUCUGCCAACUCCGGAGGGGAAGAUAUCGAACUGCUGGCGUUCCAGACCGUCACCGGAAAGUGUAGCGAGACCAUCUUCGAGGACAUGCGCGAGCCUCCGAAGAAGCCUCUCCACCUGAAGGGCCAGAUGAAGUAUGUCCCCCAGUGGGACUCGCUCAUCUUCCUGGGGACACCCAUUAUAGAGACGGUGGAGGACAUGAUUAAGAUGGGUGUGUACGUGAAUGAUCUGAACCUGCACGACUCCAGCAGAGAGCUGAUUCUGGCCGGGACACAACAAUCGGCUGAGCUGCAGCUGGCCCUGGACCAGGAGCAACAAAAAUAUGCUCAGCUGCAGGAAAUCAUCAAGAAGCUGGACGAAGAGAAGAAGAGAGGAGAUUCUUUGUUGUACGCCAUGAUCCCUAAAGCUGUGGCCGACCGCCUCAGGAAGGGGAUCACUGCACUGGAGACGUGCCAGGUCUUCCCAGAUGUGACCAUCCUGUUCAGCGACGUGGUCAAGUUCAAUGAGAUCUGCAUCCACAUCACCCCCAUGCAGGUGGUGGACAUGCUCAACGAGAUCUACAUCGUGUUCGACACGCUCAGCGAGAAGCACAACGUCUACAAGGUGGAGACGAUCCGUGACGCCUACAUGGUGGUGGCGGGGGUUCCCAACAAGACCACCUUUCAUGCGCACCACAUCUGCGACAUGGCCCUGGACAUGCUGAGCUCCAUCGACCACCUCAAAGACCCCUCCACCGGAGAUAACAUCCAGAUCAGAGUCGGUAUUCACUCAGGUAUGGUGGUGGCCGGCGUCGUGGGUCUGAAGAUGCCUCGCUACUGUCUGUUCGGCGACACGGUGAACACGGCCUCGAGGAUGGAGAGCAACGGAGUGGGCAUGCAGAUACACAUCAGUCAGACCACCAAAGACCACCUGGAACAUGAGCCCUACAUCAUCGAGGAGAGGGGCAAAAUCUUUGUAAAGGGUAAAGGCUACAUGAAGACCUACUGGCUGAAAGGAAAGAAAGAUCUAUCGUUCAAGACCCCGGCAGAGCUGCGCUACAGCAGCGAACAGAAAGACUCCGAGGACAAGAGCUCUAAUGGUUCUACAAGCUCCAACGCCAAGCGCAUGGCCUCCACCCUGCACAUCACCGGCGGUGAGGAGCAGGCGGAAGGGAAGCCGAGCCCGAACGACCUCCCCCUGGACACCCUGCCGCCACCAGAGGCCGCUAACGAGCCCCCCGCCGUCUCGACCGAGCCGCAGGAGAAGGAGAAAGCCAAAAAGACUAAAAACAACAAGGGGGCCAAGUUGGAGGUGCCCCAACCCAACGCGAGGCCGGAGUCUUCGCAACCCGCCGACGGGCUGGAGAACCCCGGUCCUUUCCUCAACAGCAAGAGGAACAGCUUCAGGGAGCAGUACGUCAAGCUGCCCACCACCCUGCCCAUGCGCAGCGCCGCCUGCUCCAUUCUGUGAGCGAGACGGUCGUAGUGUGACGAGGGUGUGAUGCUCGAAAUAUCGUUGAAGUUUAAUCACAAGCAAAACAAAGCAGGGAUUUUUUUUUUUUUUUUUUUAAACAUUCGUGGUACCGAUGAUCUGCAUUUUAACGCAUUGUGAAUGUCUUAUUAUCCCGAGAGGUUGUGAGAGACGUAGGUUUUUGUGAGGUUUUGAGUAAAGUAAGAGUUUACACGGCAACUUUAAAAGAGACAGUUCACCACAGAAAGAAAAAAAUAUAUUCCAAGGAAGAGGAAAAUAUUGUUUAUUUAAUUUUAGGAUGAACUGUCCCUUUAAUUAUUUCACAUUUUCAACUCCACUUGUGCUGUCAAAGAAUUUACUUCGUAUGGAAAUUGGGAUUUUUUAAAAAUGAUUUAAGAUCAGUUAUAUUCACUCUCCAAAUACUCAGGCUGUAAAGAUUUCACAACAUGCCUUCCUUAUGUCAACUAUUUCAAAAUUUAAAAAAGGAAAAAAAAGGAAGUGCGAUGACCUCCGCGUACGAACAGCACACGCACACAGGAACAGAAACACGACUUCAAACUUCUACAACAAGUAACGACAGCCUAGUAACGUUAUUCGCUGCGUUAUUUUACACCUCACUGUUAUUACUGCUGCAGGAAAUAUGUUCAAAUGUACGACAGCAACAAAUUAAAGGAGGUUUCUGGAGAAUUUAAGUAUGCCAUUUAAUGACAGGACUACAGGUUGUUGGCUUGAGGCGGGAUUUUUUUCACAGAAGCAGAAGUUUCACAUCAGAGGUUGGAUUCUAUUUUGUUUAAACUAGGGGUAUGGUAAUUCAGAUAGGCAUUUGUCUAGACCUUCACAACAUUGAGUUCUGGUUCUACUUUCUGUAUAUGUAACUGACUGUAUUUGAUUCCAUUGUAUGAUAGUUUUUAUUUAUAUAAAACUGUAUGUACAGCCACUAAAA